AAAAAAAGUUUUUGAAAAAAAAAAAACUUUUUUUUUUCUUUUUUUGUUCUCCUAAAAUAAUUUUUUCAAUUAAUAUCAUUUUUUUCAUUUUCUUUUUUCUAAAAAAAAAAAAAAAUGGCUUUUAACGUGUUUGGAAAAAAUUCCGGAAAUAAAGAUUCAUUACCAGCAACUAAUCCUCAACAAUCGACAAAACCUUCAUCCAUAUUAGGUGCUGCGGGAUUUGCUUUCAAAACCAAUAGUCCAGGAAUAAAAUCUUUUUCAACUGAAAAGAUAUUUCAUAAUUCAAGACCACUUAACUCGGAAAUUGAUGAAGGAAGUGAUAGUUCAGAAGAUGAAGAUGACGAAACCACAGGAAGUGACUCGGAUGAUUCUGUUACUAGAGUAGAACCGGUUAAGCCAAAAUCUAAUAUCCAAAAUAAGAAUAACAAGUUUGUCAAUAAUGUAAAUGAUAAUCGGGGUGACAAAGCACCAUCUGUAAUAAAUAAAAAGCCUCACGCAACAAAUAUUAUUUCAGAUUUUAGUAAUUUUGAAUUUCAUUCUAAGUUAAGAGCGUUAGGAGGUAGAGCAGGAAAUGAAAAUUUUUCACAAUCUGAAAUUUCUUUUGGAAACAAAAAAUCAAAAUCAAAUAAUUUAAACAGUUCUAAGUCUGACUUUGUUAGUGGCACAACCGCAAAUUUACAAAAAAAAAAAGUUAACAAUAUGAUGACAACUGAGGAACAAAGUUAUAAUCGUUCAGAUAUUCGAUCAGAUGUUUCCUGGGGAAGCGAUCCAGGUCAACAACAACAAUCAUCACCACAAGUAAAAAGUCCAACCGUGAAAGUUAAUCCUAAUUUUAUUAUAGAAGGUCAAGGGUUUACCCCUAAAUUAUCUUCUUAUAUUAAUAAUAAUGCACCUUCUUAUCAUCAUACAAAUACAAAUGAAUGGAAUACAAAAUCAUCAAAAUCACUCGAUUCUCGUUCGGAAAUUAUGUAUGGAGGAAGAGAUAAAGAUAAAGUAAUAUCUUCUAGGCAUAUUAAUCCUGUAAUUAGAAAUCCAAGGUUUAAUUCAUCGCCAGGAAUUCCAAAGACUAUGUCAGAUAUAACUUAUCAACCUAAAGAAUUAAGAACAGAAGCUUCUAAUUAUGAUAAUCCCGGAUAUCCUUCUUACGGAGGAAAUUUAAAUCAACGUAAACCAACUGUUCAAGUAUCUGCUCGUAUUCCUUAUUCUAUUGAUGAAAGUACUUCUUAUUCCGGUGCUAGAGUUAUAAAUCAACAACAACAUAAACCAAAGGUUUUUGUUGAACCACAAAGGAAAGUCUCUUCUUUUGCUCAAUUGAAUAAAGAAGAUGAGGAUAAUCUAGUACAAAAUGAAGAAGAAAAAGACGAAGAACAAGAUGAAGAACAAGAUGAAGAGAUAGAAGAAUUAAUUAAUAUGACAGAUGAUGAAAAUAUUCAGAGAAAGUUACUUGAACUUCACCUUUCUAAUAAGGAACUUCUUACGUUAAAUAAGUCACUUGAAGAACAAAUUAGUGAACAAUCAUCUGAACUCGAAAACCUUUCAUCUUUUGAGUCAUUGAUAAAAGCUCAAAAAGAACAACUUGAACAUAUAAAUAGUCUUGAAAAUAUAAUAAAAGAUUUAACUACUAAAUUAUCUGAACAAGAAACUCAAAUUAAAACGAUUAAAGAUGAUGACAAUGAACAAAAUAAAAAGACAAAGGCGACAUUAUUUUAUGAUCCAAGAAAUCUUCCUCUUCAUACUUUACCAAGAAUUAUAUUUGACAGAGUUUAUGACGAUUUGUCCAUUCUUUAUUUAGUUAUCAAAUCACUUCUGUAUACUUUUUAUAUAUUUCCAAUAUUAAUCUUUUUUAGAGUUACAAAAAAAGUUUAUGAAAAAUCAAAGAUUAAAUUUAUGGAAAUUACUGCCGAAUAAAUCAAUAUUUUAUCUAUCUACAGUAUAUAGAAUAGUAGAAGUUAAAUUAGGAUUUUUUCUUUGUAGAGGACAUUUCUAAUACGCUGGCCGGUAUUUAGGUUUUUCGCUAAUCCUAAUAAACUUCUCGUAAUGACGUAAAUUCAUUAAAGAUAUUAAUAAUGAUUUUAGUCUAUGACGGUCUAUUAAUUUAAUAAUAAAAGUAUUGCGUCAUUAAUUAAUAUAUUAUUUAUUAAUUUGACAUUAUUUAAUAUUUAACUCCUAAUAAUUUAGAACUUUGUAAUAUAUAUUGUAUUUGACAAAUAAACAAAUUUUAAAAUAUUAAAAUUAGGAUAUUUUAAAAAGUGUACAUGAUUACAUUGUCU